AUGAUUGAUUAUUUUUAUGCAAACUUUAUAGGAUUCCAAUUCGAAUUCCCUUUGAGCAUAGAACGCAUCAUUAGUUUAGUUACUGCUUUUGAUCUUUCUCUAGCAUCUAUUCUUCCACUUCUUUCAAGCUUUGGCUGUGUUUCUACAAUGAACGAUUGGGCUCCUCCCCUCAUAGCUGCGGCACUGUUUUGGCUCUUGUCCCCAGGAAUGAUCUUUCAGUUGCCGGGGAAGAACGCACCCUUUGAGUUUAUGAACAUGAAGACCACUGUUGCAUCCAUGUUCGUGCACACUGUAAUUUAUGGUCUGUUGCUCAUGUUGUUCUUCGUUGUUCUUAGUGUCCAUCUUUAUAUUUAA